AUGUUCCAGGCUGAAAUAAUCAGUCGAAUGCAUAGACCACCCCCAGCGGAAGGCAAUGACCUAGAGCGUCUCCUCAAUUUGCCUCCAGGCAGUAAUCCAGCAGCUCAGGCACCACCACCCCACGCACCAGUUUGGCCAGAUGAACAGGCCGCAGCUUUUUGUGCUGUAGCUCCCCCUAUCGAAACAUUCAUGGAUGUCCCAGAUGAAAUUCGCCGAGACCAGUUUUUUGCCACAUGUCGACGCGAUGAUGUAUUGGUCGGUGUUAUAAGUGUUAUUCAAGAUUCUGGUCUUGUAAUCACUAUUUUGGCAUAUGAUCAGGGACCACGACGUGACUUUGAAGGUUUAAAAGUUUCGGGCUUUUGUCCAUUGAGGCAGCUUCCACGAUACAAUGCUCAUGGAACGCUUUGGAUGCUUUUCAGAUCGGCGACAAAGUUCGUGCAUUUAUUCUUGAUAUUCAUGGAGGCGGACGCCUCAUUUUAA